AUGCACGUUGCACGCGUUCAGCGGCUUAAGCGCUGUCUCGGUGAAUCUCAGCUGAGCUGCUCGACACCUGACGUGCACCGCGCCCCACUGUGCCCCUCCGCGUCCCACCGCGCCCCUGCCGUCAGCUCGUGUCGAUUCGGGGCGCGCAUCCUCAACCGGGUGGCGGGGGGAGCCGCAGCGGCACGGAGGGGGGGCGGGCGGCGGGCGGACGCCGCACGUCAGUCCGCGCCGAGCGGCCGAGCGAGCGCCAUGUCCGCGUGCGCGCCGCGCGCCUGCUGUCGGCCGCGCGCCCCGCCGACCCUGCUCGACAUCACCGCGAAGAUAGUCGCCGCCGCGAUCCCCUUCCAGCGUAUAGAGGAGCGCUACGAGCGCAUACCGGAGCCGGUGCAGCGGCGCGUCGUGUACUGGUCGUUCCCGCGGGACGAGCGCGACAUAUGCAUGUACUCGUCGCUGGCGCGGGCGCCGCCCGACGACCACCGCAACAUCGCGUUCUGCCGCGGCCUCAAGCUGCUAGAGGCCGGGUGCGUGGAGAGCGUGCUACAAGUCGGUGAGUGUGCGCGCAGGCGCCUGUUUACUAAUACGCGCCUCGCCCACCCGCGCCGCGCGCCGCGCCGUAUAAAUAAAAACGACGUGUGCGGAUCGAUAGCGGCGGCUCCUCUCGGGAAUUAUUCAUGCAUCGGCCGAGAUAAGGGCCCCCGGACGGCGGCGUAUCGGACGAUCGAUCCUCGCGGGCUGCGGCAAUUAGCCGGAUCUGGUUUGGUGCGGCGCGGAGGAGGCGCG